AUGUAUAUAAGUGAAGGAUGGCUUCUGGUGAUCUUAUCAUCACUCAUAACCGUGUUGGGAUGUUUGGUGAUAUCGCUUGAUGUUCUAUACGCGAAGCUGCUGCCGAGCUAUUCAAAGGCACAUCCUUUUACUAUAUCCGAUAACUCCUCUUUUUUGAUCAAUUCGUUAGCACUAUCGGGUGGAUGCCUCUUGUUUACCUCGAUGUACAAAUUGUUGCCUUCGGGGCAAGAUUAUUUUGAACGAGUGCCUGCUUUGGUAGAAGGAAAGCACUCAUUAAUGGCACAUGUUAUGGGGUUUUAUCUUUUGGGGAUACUUUUGAGCGCAGGGCUGAACACGUUUGUUCACUUCAUGACUUCAGAAAGUAUAGUUCAUUGCGUACAUGGUGAUGCGCAUCACCACGAUCACGAGCACAAUCAUGGCGAUCACCAGGACUUGGAGGCACGUCUUGGAGCCUCCCGCGAUAGUCCUGAGACUCAUGAGCACCAUCCACGUUCUCAUUCUGAAUCUCACUCCCCUGGUCAUUCACACUCGCACUCACAUUCGCACUCAGACUCUCAUGUGGAUGAAGAACCGCACUCUCACUCACACUCACACCAGGGAAAGAUAUCGGUGCCUACGGAGAUCGAUCCUUUGCUACCAGGAUCCCUUGAGAGACGCGAAUCCAUAUUUGAUCGUUCAUUAAGGGCUCUGAGAGGCUCAAAGCUGGCAGGAAAGUGCUACGGAUAUAAUUCCAUCGAAAGCUGUCAUCUUCCAAACGGAGUUUGUGUAUGCAAGCAACAUACCUUUGAGGACGUUCACAAUGAAGAAGUACCUGUUCAGAUAGAAACAACGAAGGCUUUGCAUUACACAGAGUUGCCACAAUCUGAGAACCAUCUUUUUUUUACUGCUAGCAAGUUGAUCAGAUCAUCGUCAGUGAUCUCGUUAACACAUCCAAACAUGACGGUGAAGUCACCGCUGAUCACGAAUGAACCCCCAAUUUCCGAGGCUAGAUCAUUAUCACCGGAUGAAGCCACAUAUAAAGGGGACGAAGCAGACAGAGAUGAUGAAGAGGAAGACCAUCACCACCAUAUAACCACACCCUUGUCAAGAUUGCUAUCAAUAGGUCUUCAGACAGUUCUGGCAUUAACACUCCACAAGUUCCCAGAAGGAUUCAUCGUGUAUUCCACAUCAAAUGCAGAUGAGCAGACUGGAUUGUCUAUUUUUCUGUCAAUGUUUAUCCACAAUUUCGUGGAGGGUUUCACCAUGGCCCUUCCUCUUUACAUUGCACUCGAUUCAAGAGUGAAGGCAAUAUUAAUAGUGGGCCUGCUAGGUGGUCUAGCUCAGCCGGUGGGUGCUUUGUGCUCAUACCUCAUUUUCCGCGGGAAGUUCCUGAACCUCGAUGAUCCCAAGAAUUUGAUGAUUUUUGGUUCUUUAAUGUGCGUGACAUCUGGAUUCCUCACCAUUAUCGGGUUCCAGAUGCUCUCUUCCUCCAUCGCAUUCGGCGGCUCUCAGAGCAAGGUUUUGACAUGGGCAUGUUUGGGAAUCUCAUUGAUUGGUCUCAGCUAUGUACUAAUGUCGGACGAAUAA